AUGAACAUCUUGGUCAGUGCCGGUAUAGCCGCCGAGUCAGGGCUGACUUCUAUACAGGAUACUCUCUUUGGGCGCUCGACGACCCCUGCCGAACGUCUUCGCCAACACCAACGGUCCUUACAAAAGGCCCAGCGAGAAUUGGACCGAGAAAAGGGCAAACUUGAAGCACAAGAGAAGAAGACUAUGGGAGACAUCAAGCGGAACGCCAAGGCGGGCAAUAUGAAUGCGUGCAAGAUCUUGGCGAAGGAUUUGGUUAGAACGCGACGAUACAUUCAAAAGUUUACGCAGAUGAGAGUGCAGCUACAGGCAGUGUCGCUCAGGAUGCAGACGUUGAGGAGUAAUGAAUCGAUGGCGGUGGCGAUGAAAGGGGCAACAAGAGCGAUGGGACAAAUGAAUAGAAGUCUCAACCUUCCCCAGGCAAGUCAUAUCAUGAACGAUUUCGAACGCGAAUCGUCGACGAUGGAUAUGAAGGAAGAGAUGAUGUCUGAUGCGGUUGAUGAUGCUAUGGAGGACGAGGACGAAGGGGAGGGAGAAGAGGCGGAAGGCGACAAGAUCCUGAAGGAGGUUCUGGAUGAGAUUGGAAUGAACAUGAAUGAUUCGCUCGCCGCAGCCCCUACAUCCAAUCCUUUGGCAUCUGAACCUCUCCAGUCUUCCCGUGUUGCUGUCGCCGAAGGCCUGCCGCCGGUGGCGCCUAGCGGCCCACCAGCGGGAGGUGCAAGUGCCAGUACGCCUGGUGCAGGUGGGCCUCUCAGCAGCGAAGAGACCGAUUUGCAACGAAGGCUCGAUGCGUUGAGACGAGAUUAG